AAGAGUAAUUACAUGCUGACAUUAGUUGCUCAUGGUUUCAGUUUGAGACAAAAGAAAAAGAGGGAACAUAUUAUAGAAGGAGCUAAAGCUUGUAACUCUGCUUACGAUGGCAGGUAGGAUCAUGCACUGGACUAUUACGAAUGCCUGAGCUGCUUCAGGACCUGUCUGUGUACUAGACACUAUGACGACUAGAGCGCAUGAAGUAGGACUUUUGGUGCUUGUUGUUGCUGUGUUUGUUGAUAAAGUUGCGACAUGUAGCGUCUCAAAUCCACAAUGUUACAAAAAUACCACUAGACCUGAUGAUGAUUUCUUGUGUGAAUGGAAGGACCAAGAUCCUUCUCCAGAUGCUAUUUAUACCAUUUUUAUGCAGACCUCAUCUCUUAAUGAUAUUUCAUAUUCUAACCAGUUCGAUGCUGGCAAAAAGUUGUUCAAAAUACUACCUGUAGAAGAUUUAAUUACAGCACGUCUUUUAGACAUAUGGGUGCACAGACAAGUAUUCAACGUGACCUGCAGCUCGCCAACCAUAUCUGUGUUCCUGAAUAAUUCAGUUAAAUACAGUCCACCCAAUAUACAGAAAAAGAUAAGGUCAGCUGAAAAGCUCGUAUUAAGCUGGCCAAGAGUGAAUGACAACAGAGGUGCUAUUCAUGAGAUCAGAUGGAAGAAGAUUAAUGAUUCAUGGCAGAAUAAAACCUUUAAAACUGAGGAUGGUACAAAUAAUGGUAAUUUGGACUCCUACACAUUGCAGCUACAAGCGCACACCAGGUACCAGGUCCAAAUCCGACGCAAGGCCAAGCAAAGUCUCCUCUGGAGUCACUGGAGCCAGACCGUUGACAUUCCCAUUGAAAUUCAACAGCCUGUUGUUCAUUGGAGAGAAAAAACUCAUGGAGGAAAACGGAAAAUCACAAUCAAAUGGAAUAUUCCACCUCCUGAAGCCUCUUUUGGAGGUGUCUCGUACAAUCUGACAUUGAAUUUACCUUGCGAAAAGACGAAAAUGUAUACGACAGUGAACCACACUUUUAAAACUCUGGCUACAUAUUCUGAAGCCAGGGUGUCUCUUGUUGCUAUAAACAACGUAGGAAGCUCACCUUCUCAGGAGCUCGUUAUUCCACCUGUUGAACAUCUCAAAUCCUGCCACAGUGAUACCCACAAAGAUUCGCUACCAAAGCGUAAACGCUACUGCUUGGAGUGGUAUAAGCUUGAAGAUGGUGAGACCCGGCCAGCAAAAGUAAACAUCUCGAGGUCUAAUACACUUGAAGACAUUAAAAAAGAUAUGGAGAAAUUUGUGCGUUAUUACUACUUUCUUCACACUGGACGCAAAAAAAAUCUACGCACAAACAUCUCAUGUCCUGUUUAUUCCAAAGAAGGUGUACCUUCUUCACAGCCGAAAAAUGUCAUAGUUUUAAAUAUCACACAUGAUUCAGCUGUGCUAUGGUGGCAGUCAAUUCCAGUGCAGGAGCAGCAUGGGUUCCUGAAGCAUUAUGUAAUACGGAUAUCAAGAGAAGGCCACAAUGAAACAGGCCACCAUGAAGUGACAGCAAACAAAACCAGUUUCCUUUUGAGGAACCUUGAGCCAGGCUCCUCUUACACGGUCAAUAUUGCUGGGAGAACUGAAAUCGGAGAAGGGCCAAAUUCUACUAGGACCUUCUUCACGCUCAGUUCUUCUUCGACUGACAAUGGGAUAAAGAUGACCAAGAUCCUUAUUCCUGUGUGCGCAGUAGUGGUUCUAUUUUCAGCUGCAUUGUCUGUUGCAAUCAGAAGGUUAAGGAGAAAGCUGUUACCAAUAAUCCCAAGUCCUGUGAUCUCUCCAGCAGCUAUGCCUUGUAUGGACAAUAAGAAUAUGAAGCCCAUGACAGAGAAGGUGGAUGAUGUCAUUCUCUUGCCCCGUGAUGAUCAGGAUAUACACCGCCCCUUUCCCAGACAGAAACACACCACUUCACUACCAGACUUUGAGGUCAGUCUUCCAGAUGAAGACGAGGAAGACGAAGAUGAGGAUGAGGAUGAUGAUGAUGCUGAAAGUCAUUUUACUGGCUUAAUCUCUAGUGCCAUAACAAGUUCCUUUCCGAACCCUAAUUAUAAAGGACAGUUGCUUCAGUUUACUGAGAUGCUGGAGAUUGCAGACAAAGGGCAGACUGAAAGCUGUGAUGUCAACACACCCUCAUACAAGAACGGCCUCUUUUUUGAAAAUAGAACUGGGGAAAAUGAGGAGAUAUCAGUGCAAUCAUAACACAUAGUUUACUGGAAGUAUUACUGCAGCACCAUGAUCUGAGCCUGGAAAAAAAACACUGUGUGAAACUAAAUGGCAGAAUUAUUUUGGUUCAUUCCAGCUUUCUUUACUCUACAGAAUCUCUCAGGAGUUGUCUUAUACUGUAUAUUGACUGCACUUGGACAUGUGGGUACGUGCUGUUUGUGUGCACGAUUGUGUGAACAUGUGUGUGUGAGAAUGUGUGUGUUUGCGUUUAUAUCUUUUACGGUAAUGCAUGAGCUGUGUAUGUUUUGUGGGUCUUGUCUCAAUUUUGAUUUGCUUUGUAAAAAAAAACAUCCUCCAGCUCGAUAAAGUGCACUUACAUUUGUAAGGGUUACCAGUUAUUUAAAAUAUCAACACAAUUCAAACAAAGGAAUAGAAAGUUUUCUUCACAUUGUGUUUUAGUUAUUUGCAACAUGUGAUGGAAAUAACCAGGUUCUGAGAAAUGUUCUGAGAGCUUCUCAGCAAAAUGUUCAGUUGGUGGUGAUUACUCACUCUAACACCCAGUUGUGGUCACAGGUAUGUGUUUACUGUGCAGUCUGUGAGUUAAAUCGCUAAGCUUCAAAGGCAAAUACACCAACUGAUUUUAGUUCAAUAGAGAAAAAACAGACAUUUAACUACUGUAUACGACAAAAGGAUUUAUAUUAGCAGCAGCAUAACUCUGUAUAAUGCAUGUCAACUGUAUAGUGGGUUAUUGUGCUGAAGAAAAAAAAAAAGUUUGGCACAGAUCUGUCCCUAAAGAUCAGAUAAGAAUCAAGAGGAAAUGAAUGAUUAGCAUCUGAUUUGAUUUUAGAUGUAGUGGUUUAACCAUAGUUUGUAUGUGCCGAAAACAGAUGUGUUGUGUUUACCUACUGCAUAAGAUAGUACAGUACUAUUGAAAUCUUGACUCUGAUUGGUCAGACAGGUUCUGAUGUUUUUUCUUUUUUUUCUUCUUGAUGUAUUAUCAUUUGCAAGGUUUAUAUUAACGAGUACAUUGAAAUAUGUUAUUGUUUUUAUAAUUGAACCCUUUAACUGUCAUUCAUUCUGAAACAUGACCUUUUUUCCUGUGUGA